AUGGGGAAGCAGGCAGAAAUGUCGGAGCCAAAGGACCCGGCUAUUAAGCUAUUUGGGAAGACUAUUCAAGUGCCAGAGUUCUCUAUCACUACUACAACUUCAGAUGAUGAUGAUAGUCAAUGUCAAGACCGUCCAUCUUGUGCAAACUCUUCUCCUCUUGACGAGACCAGUACUGAUAAUAACAAUAAUAACAGAGAUCUUGGAGAAGAAGAUAUAGAAACUGAUGAUAAGGACCCGGUGGAAGAAAAACCAACUGAGAAACAGGAUCUUGAAGCUUCACCUGUAGCUAUAGAAGAGUAUUCAAAUCCAGAUGCAACCUCAGAGACAGGUGAAAACCCUAAAACACCUUCCAUUGAGAGAGAGAGCACAGCAUUGAAAACUUCAAAGACAGAAGAAGAACAGAGUGAUACAAGUAAUUCACAAGACAAGACCCUGAAGAAACCUGACAAGAUCCUUCCAUGCCCCCGCUGCAAUAGCAUGGACACCAAGUUCUGUUACUACAACAAUUACAAUGUGAACCAACCCCGACACUUCUGCAAGAAUUGUCAGAGAUAUUGGACAGCUGGGGGUACCAUGAGGAAUGUGCCUGUGGGUGCCGGUCGUCGCAAAAACAAAAACUCAGCUUCUCAUUACCGUCACAUAACCAUUCCUGAAGCUCUUCAGAAUGUUCGAUCUGAUGUUCCAAAUGGAGUCCACCAUCCUUCACUGAAAACUAACGGAACAGUGCUAACCUUUGGCUCUGACACACCCCUUCAUGAAUCAAUGGCUUCUGUAUUGAAUCUUGCUGAUAAAACAAUGCGGAAUUGCACAAGAAAUGGGUUUCAUAAGCCUGAAGCAAUGAGGAUUCCAGUUUCUUAUGGAGGUGGAGAAAUUGGUGAUGACCAUUCUAAUGGAUCUUCAGUUACAGUGUCAAAUUCAAGUGACGAGGCAGGCAAAAGUGUGUCAAAAGAAUCAGCUAUGCAGAAUUGUCAGGGCUUCUCCCCUCAGAUACCAUGUUUUUCUGGAGUUCCCUGGCCAUACCCUUGGAAUUCAGCUCAAUGGAGCUCACCAGUACCCCCACCUGCGUUUUGCCCUCCUGGUUUUCCUAUGCCAUUCUAUCCUGCAGCGGCUUAUUGGGUACCGGGUGCUUGGAAUAUCCCUUGGCAUCCACAGCCAACUUCACCAAAACAAACCUCCAUGAACUCUGGCCCAACUUCUCCAACCCUAGGGAAACAUUCAAGGGAUGAAAGCAUGCUCAAAUCUAGCAACUCUGAAGAAGAGCAGUCAAUGAAAGAAAAUAGCACUGAAAGAUGCCUUUGGAUUCCGAAAACGCUGAGGAUUGAUGACCCUGGAGAAGCUGCAAAAAGCUCUAUAUGGACGACACUUGGGAUUAAGAAUGAUAAAUCUGACUCGAUUGGUGGGCGAGGACUCUUUAAGGCCUUUGAAUCAAAGAUCGAAAAGCAUCAUGCAGCCGAAUCCUCUCCAGUCUUACAAGCUAAUCCUGCGGCACUGUCUAGAUCUCUCAAAUUUCACGAGAGCUCGUAA